UCAAACCAUAAACGAAAAGGUGGAGUAUGUUUCAAAUCCUUUGAAUGCAUACAUGCUUUUAAGGCGUACUCGCGAGGAAUUGCCAAAAUGGUUGGACUAUUUUAAAAAGCAAAUGGGGAAUGACGAUAUAUUUAAGGAACUUGACGAACUUGUGCCCACAUUACCAGAUCAUUUGGACUUAAGGGAGGCCAUGUUGGGAUUACAACGCAUAGAAACCACCUAUGGUCUGAGAGUAGAUGACUUAGCAUAUGGUAUUCUACAGGGCAAGCAAUAUGAUAUCCAACUUUCAUACCGAGAUCGUGUGGCCAUGGGCCAUUUGAGUUUCAAGCGUAGGAAUUACAAGGCUGCUGCCCAGUGGUAUCGAAUGGCGUGUAAACACGAUUUCGAGGAUAAUAAAAAGUUACUGAACGAGGUCCUGGGUAACCCCUCCGAUUUUCUGCAUCGUCAAUAUAUCAAGGCUUUAUUUGUAUAUGGCAUCAGCAUCUCUGGAGAAGACGAGACGGAAGAAGCUGCUCUUUUAACGAUAGAGAACUCCUUGGAUCAUGUGGGAAGCCAACGGCUUCAGAAACAAAUAGAAACCCUUCAUAGUUCUAGUAAUGAUGACGAAAUAAUGCAGGAGCUUUAUCAAACAAAGCCACCUGUUUCCACCUUUGAGCAGGGAUGUCGAUUCUUAUAUCCCCCGAAAAGAAACCUAUUUUGUCGUUACAACUUUACCACAACACCAUUUCUCCGCCUGGCACCUCUUAAGCUAGAGGAAAUAAACUUAGAUCCUUAUGUCGUUAUGUAUCACGAAGUGCUCUACGAAACCGAAAUCGAAGAACUCAAAAAACAGUCGAAUCACUUGCAAAAUGGAUAUGCGGAUGAAAAGAAUGGAAGUAUGUUUAGGGCAGUGGUGGCUCAACAUUCCUGGUGGUCUGAUAAGUCACCUAUCAGGGAAAAGGUUAAUCAGCGAAUCAAGGAUAUGACAGGAUUAGAUUUUCCCAUCACAGAUGAGUUGCAAGUGGCCAACUACGGAUGUGGCACAUAUUUUAAACCUCAUUACGAUUACACUUCAGAUGGCUAUGAAACUCCAAAUUCGGAUACCUUGGGCGAUCGCUUGGGAACCAUUAUUUUUUAUGCCAGUGAUGUUCUGCAGGGUGGUGCCACUGUUUUUCCAGAUAUUAAAGUCUCGAUAGCUCCACGAAAAGGCAGCAGUGUAUUUUGGUAUAAUUUGUACGAUGAUGGAAGACCUGAUAUAAGAAGCAGGCACUCUGUUUGUCCGGUUAUUAACGGGGAUAGAUGGACUCUCACCAAGUGGAUUCAUAUAUUCCCUCAAAUGUUUAUUAUUCCUUGUGGUCCCAGGAAGUAG